CAUCAAUAAUCAGAUCAUGGUGGUUUGAUAGCAUCACGGAAAAGAUCGAGAGAUCAAGAGGUCUACAGUUAUGAGAAACAUGCUCAUCCUACACACGUAAGGAAAAAAAACCCUGAAGCACAGAACAGGACCAGAGAGAGAGAGAAUAUACUUUCUAUAACAUCACAUCUGGUUCCUGUUGGAGGAUUUUAAACAGAAGGAUGUGCUAUAACAGACCAACCACUGAAUUUACAAGUGCCAAGCCAGGAUAAACUGGCAUAUAUAUAUAUAGUGUCAUCUAACCCCACAAAAAGUGUUUUGAAGUGACCAGAAAUGGCGGAACUUAAGGUGAGAGUGGAUGGAGUUUCGAGAGUGGUUUGUGGUGUCACGGACACCACUAGUUGUCAGGAUGUGGUGAUAGCACUGGCCCAUGCCAUGGGAAGGACAGGUCGGUUUACCUUGAUCGAAAAAUGGAGGGAUAGUGAACGGCCUCUUCUUCCAACAGACUGCCCUUUACAAGUUCUCCACAAGUGGGGAGAAUAUGCAAAUGAAGUUCAGCUUUUGUUGCACCAGUCUGACAAGAAAGAUCAAGUUUCUCAACAGCAGCAACAUCUGAACAAAAUAGAUCCUGCUCCUGUUCUAGCAAAGGAAAAGGAUUCUGGGAUCAGAAGAGUUUUGACAUUCAGCGGUGCUCAUAAUUCUGAAGUGUCAAACCGUCCUCUAUAUAAAACUCCUAAACAACGGCAGUACAUGGGCAGAAUUAGCGAGGAUCAACAUUCUAGAUUAACCAAUGAGAUUACAAAUUCUCAGCAGGGUCAAAGGUCAAGGGAAGAUGUGCAUUACAAACCCGAUAAACAGAACUUUCAUCCUGCUUUUCGAGACAAAGAGAAUGUACUAGUGAAUGGUGGAAAUGUAAAUUUUCAGGAUGUCAAGAAAGGCUUGAGGCCUGGACAAAAUGGAAUAGUUCAUAGGUAUCCCAGCCCUCCAACUGAACAAGUGCAAUCACAACCCCAUGUUGUUCCUAAUAACAGAAUUGACCAUAGAAAUCCAAAACGGAUGGAAGCAAGGGUGAAUCCUAUUCAGAGAAAUUCACCCAGGACUACGCAUAGUGUGGACCAAUCAGCUACAAGUGCAUUAUUUCCCCCUCAUUCAAAACCUAGACAUAGUGAGGAGAAUGUUUCUAGAGGAGAUCAGGUGAACCAUCCCAGACAGCCUUCUCCUCACAUAGACAAUGUUAGAGCUUCCGCCUUCCAGCGUGUUGUUCCCAACAGACAAACUUCACCUUAUCGAUCAAAAGAACCAGAGGUCGUUCCAGAUCAAAAUGGUGAGGCGGAGGAAUAUGAUUUAGAUAGCAACUUCCCUAGUCUUCCUAGAGAUAGGGUGAUGCUGGAGGAGUACCGAAUGCCUGGUGAUGGUCACCAUGACAACAGUCUCAUCGCAACAGAUCAAAAAGAGAGGGUGAAGCUUCAGAGACUGGUGAGCAUGCAACAGGAGAGGUUAAAGAUGCAGGAAUCCCAGAUCUCCAUCAUAGACACAGAGCUUAGUUCCCUCGAGGCAAAACAGAAAGAAGAAUCAGAAGAAAUUGAGAAAAUCACCAGCAAAAUUAAAGAACUAGAGGAUGUUACCAGAAAGUACGAAGUGGAAAUCAGUGAACUAGACUCUACAUCUUGGGUGGAUAUUAUAGAAGCAGAAAAACAAAAAGAGAAGAAAAUUCAUCUGGAGAUUAAGACGUGUAAGGACAAAAUCAGCACAGAAACAACAGAGCUCAAUAAACUCAAUGAUAGACUUCCUCAGGUUCAGACAGACAUUGAUAAUGAGAAAGCAGAAAUGGAACAAGAGGCAAAACGGAGAAAAGAGGAGGAAGAAAAAAUGGUGGAAGAAAUAAAAUCGAUGAAAGAAAAGUUGGAUGUGGAGAACAAGAAAAUAGAUACUGAUAACACAGAGCUAGAAACAGUGGAAAACGAGCUUAGGGACCUACAGAACAAGCUAGAUCAACAAAAGGAGGAAGUUACUUCCCUUGAGAAACAACUAAAAGACGUGAACCUUAGAGAUUUUCAAUUUUCUCCUGGUCCAAAAAGGAAGAACAAGUCUGUAGAAUCAGGUGAAGCUGUUUUGAAGAUCCUUGAAGGAAGGAUGUCCCCCAUCAAAGGACUCAGUGGAAAGAUCACGCCAGUCUUAUCUGUGGCUAAAGAUCCAGAUGGGGUGUGGGUAUAAGAAACCAGAAAGUGACCAUUUUUACACCUAUAAAACCAUUGACAGUUCAUUUCAAGUCCUACGAUGUUUGAUUUCGUAAAACUGUAACGCUUUGUGGUCAAAACUUGGUAUGGAAGAUUCUUGUAUACAUGUAUGUACACACACUUGUAUGCUUGUGUGAGACAUGUUUCUGCAAUUGUGGUACAUGUAUUGAAGAGCAUAUACAUGAAGUGUUAAAAUUCCAUUUCUUUCGAUACCAGUAAGAGGUUAUCUUGCCUUUUCUACUUGAUUUUUUUUUCUCUAUAAAUAUUUGUUCAUUAUGAGAGGACAUUUUUUGUUGGAUAUGACAUUUUCUUAUUUUGAGCAGAACUGAAUCGGCCUUUCUAUAUACAGGAUGUAAAUUUUCCA